GAAAACUGCAUUGUUUUAUGUUUAUAAUAAUAUGAUAUUGACAUCCGUGUGACAUUUUCACUUAUCAAAAGUAUUUUUCGUGUAGAAGUGGUGCAAUCAUCAAAUUGGUCAAAUUAAAGUUAAUAACCUACAAUGGCUUCAAGUGUAGUAGAAGAAAAUCACAAACAAAUUCUAUCUAAGGGAUGCUAUAUGUCUUCUGAAUCAGAUGAUGAAGAAUCAUUUGUUGUUCUGAGUAAAUCUAUACCACCUAACGAAAUUGGAGAAGAAAUAUUUUUGGAAGCUGAUGUUAUACGGGAAUCCCUGGAACUAGCAAGCACUAUGCUAAAGUCUAUAGAGGAGAAAAAUAAGGAAAAUUCAGAAUUAGCAACAAUAACAAAGAUUGAAAAACCUUCUGAAAGUGUGAUAAUGCAGAAUGAAGAACCAAUUAGUAUGCCUCCAUCCAUAUCAACAGAUUUAAGUCCAGAUGAAAUUCAGCAUAAAAUUGACGACCUUAUUGAAGAAAACAUGAAACUAAAAGAAACUCUCCACCAAAAUAAUUUGGCAAUGAAAAAGAAGUAUGAGACACUAGUUCUAUGGCAGGAAGAAGUUCUUAAAGUACAUGAAUCACACAAAGAGAGAUUUGCAGAAACAAAACAAUAUAUUGAGAAGCUUAAGUUAGAAAAUGCUAGACUCACAGUUGCCUUGCAAAAUUCUGAUGAUCAAAAUACUAAACAAACCACUGAGAUGAAGCAAGAUGAUUUAAGUCAGAAGAACGCUGAGCUCGUUCUUGAACUUGAAAAAUUAAAGCAAGAAAUUGCAAAAUUAGAAAAAGAAAAACUGAAUGAAAACUCCAAACAGAAUUGUGAGAAGCAAGAAGUUGAAUUAAUAAAAAGUAGCUUUGAAAAUGUGAAGCAAUUUGAAAUAGAAAUGACCCAAAAGAAAGUAACUUGCCUUGAAGCACAACUUGAUCAAGUUCAAGCAGAAAAUGAGGAACUAAAAAGGAAGAAUGAAGUUAUGGAACUUACUAUCAACAGUAUAAAAAGAGAACUUGAUGAAGCAGUUGCUCAAGCUGAAAAGUUAAGACAUGACAUUGAUACACAAACACGAAAUCAAUCAGUAACUGUGAAUAAGUUAUUAGAAGAGAAUAAAAGUCUUCAGGAUAAAUUAAAUCAACACAUACAUGAUAAAUCAAGAGAAGAGAUGAAUUCAAAAGUUGUGGAGCAGUUAACAGCUGCUCAGAUGCACAUUACAAAGUUAGAACUGUUGAGAAAACAAGAUUUGGACACCAUCACUAGCAAACAAGAAGAAAUACAAAGCUUAGAAGCAACUCUGAAACAAAAAACAACAGAUGAUGAUACUGUUGCUGCAUUACGAACACAAUUGGAUUUAUAUAAAGCCGAUUUUGAAGCUGAACGCCAUCAAAAGAACAACUUGAAAGAAGAAAAAGAGCAGUUAGCUGAUGAUUUGCGCCAUCUUCAGAGAAGAAAUCAGCAAUUACUAGAAGAAGUUGAACGAUUAAGAAAUGGUGCUUUUGUUGUUGUUGAAGAUGAUGCAAGAGGCGCCACUUCAACUCCGUCUGCACCCCAAGAUUCUCCGCCACCGCUGCGGUACAUGUGUCCAUUAUGCAGUACAACUUUUAGGUCAUAUAAACUUAUUGAAGAACACAUGCAAUGUUGUCUGAAAGACUAAAAAAAAAAGGGAACUGUAUAAAUAUGUCUGCCCAAAGUGUUUUCUCAAGGUUAGAGAUUAUCCAGCCUUGGAAAGCCAUGUGUACAGAUGUAUAG